AUGUUGGAUGGUGGCCGAUCGGUACGAUCGUUACUGAUCCGCAAUCAUGAGACCACCGGUGGUGGACGAACUUCGAGCUGCGGCUUGGAUAAUAUUAGUCUACCGAAGUGUGUGCAAUUCGAUGAGUCUAGCGAUGAUUACCGAUGCUUUUGCAGUUGCUUUCACAUCAAAACUGCGGCACUUCUCGUCGCUGUGAUCGAAAUCAUUAUGCUGGUCUUUUAUUUCGUUAAUUCAUUGCUGGUAUUCACAAUGCAAGACAGCACGUAUCGUAAAGCCACAGGUUUGAAUGACGACAGUAUAGUGAAGACAACGUUCAUCGCAUCGACGAUCGGCAUUACUAUAAGUGCCGUGGUUAUUUUUCUACUUUUCAUCGGUACUGCAAAAAAUUCUGCCACACUUUUAGUACCUCAUAUUGUUGCACAAGUACUCGUGAUAAUUGUCCUAAUUCUAACCGUUAUUGAUGGCCUCAUUGCAUUCUCAACCGAUUCAACGUUGUUCUACCGUCUUCUGAAUGCUGCACCAUUCAACGAACAUCCUGGCACGAAUACAGUAGCACUGAACACAGAAACUAUCGUACGGAUAUAUGCAAUAUUUAUACUUUAUGUAAUCACCCUAAUACUUGAGUGUUGGUUUUUGGUAAUCGUUUAUCACUGUUAUCGAUAUUUGGAUGAACGGCGUGUCUAUAUGCAAUAUUGCCUAGCGUUUAGUACGCCGAUGAAGACUCUCUCAAUGCGGUAA